UUCGUCUUGCCCUCGUCUCUUCCUCUCUCCUCUCUCAUGCUGUCCCGCCGUAUUGUGCUGUUGUUAUCGCGGUGUUUCGGCUUCGAGAAGACCAUCGAGACUCGCUUCCCUCACUUUUUCUGUCUCUAUUGAUCAGUAGUACCUCUCACUUCACCAUUGCUCGCCCUUUUGCCUCCGUGUUCUGGGCCUUUUCCCUUCAUUGCCCAUCAAGGCAUUUACGUGUCUCUAAAUUGCCCUCGAAUUUCCGACACAUACGCCGCUGCUUGACCCGUCAACAGACGUCGUACGCGGCUCAGCGGCGAGUCAUGAGCUCCUCAGAUGAUGAUGUGCCUCUGGUUGGCAAGCGGAGAUCUAACGGACAGUCCGGGGCAAUACAUGCGCUCUCAGAUGAGCUGAUUUCGAAGUCCACUGAUCCAUCUGUUAGCGCCUCCCCGAAGGCAAAUGGAUACGCAAAACCCGGUUUGUCCAUUCGCCAUGGACUGGUCGACUCCGAGGACGUUGAAAUGCAGGAUGCCAACGUGAAAGGGGCCAGUCUAAGCAAGCGGAAAUCAAGAGGAAGCGAUAUGAUGCGGAAGUCGUAUGCGGAACCUGAGAGCAGUGAGGAGGAUAAGCCAUUGAGCAAGCGGCGUCGCGUUUCAGCAGAGCAAAGAAUAAAUGAUUUCGAUUCCGACGAUGCCCCCAUCAUAUCCAAACUGGCAAAAGGAAAAUCUGAAGCAAAGGUAGUCACUAUGGCAGAGUCUGCCACGGAUGGUUCCCUUGGUAAAAUCCUCAUGGCCGAGAAGACUAGGAUCGAAGAACGGGCCGGAAAGGAAGCGAAAGCGAUUCGCAAGCAUGAAAGUGCCGAAGCAACAAUAAAGAAAAAGAUUGCAGCCACAGCCGCUGCGACGGACAAGGGCACGAAGGGCAAGAAAACACUUGUAAAUGGCAUUAAAAAGUCGGAAUCCAGCGAUGAAGAUAUUCCGCUGGCCCGGAAAGUGCCCGCCAAGAAGUCCGUGAAAGCGUUUAAAUCGGAGCCUGCAGAUACAAAGAAGGGGAAAGCCAAGGUUGCAAUGAAAAAGGAGUCUAGCGAAGAACUGGAGGGGGAGGAAGCAGAGGAGGAAUAUCGCUGGUGGGAGGACCCAGCACAAGGCGACGGCACUAUCAAGUGGACCACUUUAGAACAUAAUGGUGUCAUAUUCCCACCUCCAUACGAACCACUGCCUAAACAUGUCAAGAUGAAGUACGACGGCAUUCCGAUUACGCUAGCUCCCGAAGCUGAGGAAGUCGCUGGGUUCUUCGGGUCCAUGCUUAACUCCACUCACAAUGUUGAAAAUCCUACAUUCCAGAAGAACUUCUUCACUGACUUCACCGCCUACAUUAAAAAGUCUGGUGGUGCAAAAGACCCGAACGGAAAUCCAGUGGCUAUAAAGUCAUUUGAUAGUUGUGAUUUCAAACCAAUCUUCGAGUACUACGAGGCCGCGCGUUUGGAGAAAAAGAACCUCCCAGCUGCGGAGAAGAAACGCCUCAAGGCCGAAAAGGACGAACUUGAAGCUCCGUACAUGUAUUGCAUGUGGGACGGUAGGAAGCAAAAGGUUGGCAAUUUCCGCGUCGAACCGCCUGCUCUAUUUCGCGGCCGUGGAGAACAUCCAAAGACUGGCAAAGUGAAGACUAGAGUCAUGCCAGAGCAAAUCACCAUCAAUAUCGGCAAAGACGCCAAAGUCCCACCGCCUCCCCCAGGUCACAAGUGGAAAGAAGUUAAACACGACCAAGAGGGGACUUGGCUAGCUAUGUGGCAGGAAAAUAUUAACGGCAACUACAAAUAUGUCAUGCUUGCUGCGAAUUCAGAUAUCAAAGGUCAGAGCGAUUACAAGAAGUUCGAAAAGGCUCGGGAACUCAAGAAACACAUUGAUCGGAUUCGUAAGGAUUACAAGAAAAGCCUAAAACAUGAACUCAUGUCAGAGCGACAGAAAGCCACUGCCGUCUACCUUAUUGAUCAGUUCGCCCUUCGUGCUGGGAACGAAAAAGGAGAAGAUGAAGCUGACACAGUGGGGUGUUGCUCGCUGAAAUACGAGCAUGUCACCCUUAAACCUCCAAGUACGGUUAUUUUCGACUUCUUAGGUAAAGAUAGCAUCCGGUUCUAUGACGAGGUAGAAGUAGACCCACAAGUCUUUAAAAACCUCAAGAUCUUUAAGAAAGCCCCGAAGAGGGAAGGUGAUGAAAUAUUUGACCGCCUGACCACUUCUGCCCUAAACAAACACCUUUCCAACUAUAUGCCAGGCCUCACCGCCAAAGUUUUUCGUACAUACAACGCUUCUUACACGAUGGCUACGCUUCUCAAAGAUUUGAAGUCAACUGGCAGCAUCGCUGAAAAGAUCAAGGAUUACAACGAUGCUAACAGAAAGGUCGCGAUUCUUUGCAACCACAAGCGCACUGUUACCGCGAGCCAUGCAAGUCAAAUGGAAAAGCUCGGCGAUAGGAUAAAAGGAUUAAAGUAUCAAGAAUGGCGCGUUAAGCAGAUGAUGCUAGACCUUGACCCGAAGAUAAAGAAGAAAAAGGGGCCUGCCUUCUUUGAGCUCGACGAAAGCUUAGACCAGGAAUGGAUCAAAGAACAUCAGGAUUACCUCGUCGAGGAGCAACGCCAAAAGAUCAAGAAGAAAUUCGAGAAGGAUAACGAGAAGCGCGCCGCUGAGGGCGAAAAGGAAAUGAAACCAAAGGAACUCGAGGAACGGCUUGAAGUCGCCAAAGCAUUAGAAGCUAAGUUCAAGCGGGAGAACAAGACUAAGAAGGUGGAAGCUGAAGGGAAGGGAGUCACUAUCGAAAAGUUGGAGAAUCAACUCCUGAAGCUCUCGCAACGCAUUGAAAACAUGUCUCUCCAAGCGGAGGAUAGAGAGAAUAACAAAGAAGUUGCUCUGGGUACUUCCAAAAUUAACUACAUCGACCCACGUCUCACCGUGGUGUUUUCGAAAAAGUUCAAUGUCCCCAUAGAAAAAUUCUUCUCAAAGACCUUGCGCGAAAAAUUCGAUUGGGCAAUUAAGUCAGUGGAAGAGGAUUGGGAAUUUUAGGGUAGAAAAGUUUUCCGCUCCGCUCUUUGCCGUAUUGUAUAUCUCGUUGAGUUCUAUCUUUUAUAUAUAAUAUAGAGCCGUUGCAUUGGACAACUUUCGUUUCUCUCCCCUGAGCAAUUGGAAAGAGAAAGGACAAUGCGAUGCGUCCAAACAUACAUUGACAUUGACAUUGUUUCCCCCUCCUUUUGUUCUACUUGAUCCCUUAUGCCUCUUUUAGUAAAUAGAUUCCAUAAACAUACACAUAUCUCAUUCUUCCAAUGAGCUUGUUCUUAUUAUUUUAUUUUUUGAUUGUGCCCUUUCUUGAAUGUCUCAAAUGCUUCGAGUAUAUCAUCUAUUUAUUUUAGGGAAACCCCUCGCCCCACCCAACACUUUCUUUCUCCCCUUGCUCUCCGUUCUUCCUUGCUGAGGUUUAUUUUGAUAUGCGACUGGACAAGAACGCCAUUGAAUAGAGGUAUACUUGGCUUUCACAACCUGAGUAUUUGCUUUACUACCUACCCUAUUAUUUCCCUUGUCAAUAUUCCACAUACUCUCUUCAGGCUCUCCCGCCGCCACUCGGGCAGAAGCGAGACAUAGACAUCAACGCCAUUGCACCGCUACUCUUGACAUUGCCAGGGGACUCUGCAUCAAACAACCAGCGUAUCUUGUUGUAGUUUGUUGCUACCACCCGAAUAAUACCCCCCGUGCAUGACUAUUGUGCGGGUUCAGAUCUAAGUAUUGGUGCGGAGCAUCCAGCUUUUGCUUGUGUGCCGACGGUGUCAUAGUCUCUCCUGGUGGACCCCCCCAAUAAUCUAGUACAUCUCUUUGUUUGCGAUGCAAACACAGAAUUUGUCAGACAGAUACGGUGGGGAGAUAGAUGGAUCAGUGGUGAUGUCUGAACAAUGGUUGGCACUGUCUCAAGAACAGCAACAGGGUCCCAAGGUCCGCCGCCUCAGCCGUUUCCAUCAAUUUGGUAACUUGAUUUCAACAGUGAAAAUUUGAACUUGAAUGGAAUAGAUAGCCCAAUGCAAGUGUAUAUGCAAGUUCAGAAUCAGCAAGUGAUGUUUUUUUUUUUUUUUUUUUUUUUUUUUUUUUUUGAAAAAAAGGGAAUGAUUGUAGAUAACUGUCACCAGAAAUAACAGCAAGUAUUUAUUCCAAGUGAGAUG